UCAGCCGACAUUCAGAUCGGAUUCGAUUCGUGCCGGCCAAAAAAAAACCCGAGUCGAGAUGCCGCUCCAACUAGCGAACCCGCUGCUCCUGAUCCUGAUCCCCGUUCUCCUUGGAUACCCGACUGCCGCUGGAAAGGCAGCAGAGGCAGACGAGGAGCACCUCUCGUCCUUCUGGAUGCGCCAGGCGCAGGAUCAGCUGUGCGAACGCCUGGCGCGCACCAAGGACUUCAUCGGCGACAGUCGACGGGCGAAGAACGUGGUCAUGUUUUUGGGCGACGGACUCUCGGUGACCACCCUCACCGCCGCCCGCAUCCUCAAGGGCCAGCGGCGCGGCGGCAGCGGCGAGGAGGCCCAGCUGGCCGUGGAGCGAUUCCCCUUCGCCGGCCUCAGCAAGACGUACUGCGUCGACGAGCAGACACCGGACUCCGCCUGCACGGCCACCGCCUACUUGGGCGGCGUGAAGACGCGCAGCGGCACCGUGGGCCAGAGUGCCAGCGGCGAGCGGGUGGAAUCGGUGCUCCAGUGGGCCCAGCGGGCGGGCAAGGCCACCGGGGUGGUGACCACCACCCGGCUGACCGAUGCCAGUCCCGCCGGCGCCUAUGCCCAUGUCCGUCGGCGCGGCGAGGAGCUGGAGAUUGCCCGCCAGCUGGUGGAGGAGGAGCCGGGCCGCAAGCUCCAUGUCAUCCUGGGCGGCGGUCUGGGCAAGUUCGCCGACGAGCGGAGGGAUGGCAAGGAUCUGCUCUCCCAGUGGCGGGAGGAUCAUCCCGGUGGUUGCUAUGCUCGCACCUUGAAGGAGCUGAGGAACUGCACCGCGGACACGGAGACCAACGGCAGCCUGCUGGGCAUCUUCAGCGACAGCCACAUGUCCUAUCAUUUAGCCGCCAGCAAGGAGCAGCCGCGUCUCUGCGAGAUGGCAGCGGCGGCCAUCGAGAGGCUGGAGCAGAGGUCCCAGGAGGAUGGAGGAAGCGGCUACUUUGCGUUCAUCGAGGGCGGGAGGAUCGAUCAUGGUCACCACGAGACGCGAGUGGGUUACGCGCUGGACGAGAUGCUCGAGUUCGAUGCGGCCGUGGAAACGGUGCUGGGGAUGACCGAUCCGCGGGAAACGCUGCUCGUGGUCACCGCCGAUCACUCGCACACGCUCAGCAUGGCCGGCUAUGCCAGGCGGGGCACCCCCAUCCUGGGCAUGGACAUCCAGCAGCGGGAUCUGGACGGGGUGCCCUACAGCACCCUCAACUACGCCAUCGGCAAGUGGCAGAGCCUGGACAAGGAGGGCCGCAGGGAGAGUCCCGGCAAGACGCUGAGUCCCACCUCCUACACGCCCAGCUAUAUUCAUGGACGCAAGGGCGUGCAUUCUGGCGAGGAUGUGGCCGUCUUUGCCAUGGGACCGCAGUCUCACCUCUUCGGCGGCGUCAUGGAGCAGAAUCUCCUGCCGCACCUGAUGGGCUAUGCCGCCUGCCUGGGCAGUGGAGUCACCGUCUGCAGCCAGGAUAAGGAUCAGAACAGGGAUACCGAUGCAGAUCCUGAUUCUUCUGAUUCCGAUUCUUCUUAGUUAUUUCCCAGAGAUGUGUAAAUUUAUUGGUUUUCAGUUAUUUCAAAUACACACGAAAUGUUUCUCCCAACCGAA